AUGGUCCAAGUGGCUGGCAAAGUGCAGGAAGUGCUGAAGGAACCUGAGGGGGAGCUGGUGGUGCUGAGUGGAGGGGGCAGCUCUGGCAGGAUGGCGUUUCUCAUGUCUGUGGUCGCUGGGAAGAAGAGGGUGAUUGUCAUUGGCAUUUCGGUGGGACUCUCUGCUCCCUUUGUGGCAGGCCAGGUGGACUCCGGCAUUCACAGCCCAGGCACAUUCUUACCAGUCCUGGUUGGUUUCAGCCCCGUGAACAUGGCCAGCCUGGAGGAAAAAGGCCGUGUGUACCUGGUUGGCUGGCAGACCCUGGGCAUCAUGGCUAUCAUGGAUGGAGUGGAGUGUAUCCACAGCUUUGGUGCCGACUACCGAGAUAUCCGCGGCUUUCUCACUGGUGAUCAGAGUGACAUGUUUAACCAGAGGACUGAGCUCCUCCACGGGGGCGAGUGUAUGACGGGACAUGGGGUCUGUGGGUGGGAGUUCUUCAUGGGAGGGGGCCCCCCAUUUUCUCGUGCCCAGGGUCCCCAGUUCUCCUUCUCCCAAGAGGACUUCCUGACGUGCAUCUUGCCAUCCCUCACAGAAAUCGACACCGUGGUCUUCAUUUUCACCCUGGAUGACAACCUCACGGAGGUGCAGGCGCUCCUGGAGCAGGUGAAGGAGAAGACGGCCCACAUCCAGGCCCUGGCGCAUAGCACCGUGGGGCAGACCCUGCCGACCCCUCUGAGGAAGCUCUUCCCCAUCAUCCGCAUCACGUGGCCACUGCUUUUCUUCGAAUACGAAGGGAACUUCUUCCAGACUUCAAAGAAGCAUAAAUUCAAAAAGAUCCAGAAACUCACAGCUUCCCAGUGGGAAGAAAAUCUUAGGAUGAGCUGCUCCGAAGCUAAUGGGACACAAUUUUCAGGUCUCCCUAUGGGAUGGGCCCAGGAGUACGCAUUCUGGUCAAUGGAGAGAAGUCUUCAACAGAUCUUCCAACAUCUGGAAUGUGCAAGGUCAGGGAAGGUCGUUUCUGGGAGGAGGUUGGGUGGUGGAAGUUUUUGUUUUUGUCUUAAGUAAACUCUACUUGAAUUGAAUUGAAUUCUAGAGAUCAAGAAUUGCAUGCUCUACCAACCGAGCUAGCCAGAUGCCCCAAAGGUGGUAGAACUUUUAAGAGGGAGGGUGGAAGAGACCGAAGUAGGGAGGUGGGAAAGAGGGAAAGAGGGAGGGAAAAAGAGAGGGAAAAGAGAGAUUGUUAGUUGGUUGCUUAUUUACUUAGUUUGGGCGGUGGGCAUAAAUUCUGGGUCCAAAGGUUUAGUCCAUGGAUCAUUUCUGAUUGGAAUGGAGACCCAUACCUUCCUCUCCUCCUCAUAGAGGAAUUCUUUACAUAAGUAAUUGAGAUUGGGGAAGACAACCUCUUUUGUUGUUAUUGUUCUCCCUCAGGACAAAAUAUUUCACAUAUGAAAUAGCCAUUACCUUUCCCUUUUCCUACU